UGAGCGACUACCUCGUGAAAGAGUAUGCCGAAGCGACUAUCAGUGGCUCCAGCGUUAGUAGACGAUGGAUCGACAGUCUCGAUGGAAAGGAGUGCAAUGGAAGCGAUGGGAAUCACACACGGUGACGUGGUGCUCCUCGCUCAAGGUGGACGGAAGACUGUAGCUCUUGCUCGUAUCGAUGCAAGUGACGAAGCUCAGCCGGAGGUGGCGCGCGUCAGUACGAUCAUGAGGCGCAACCUGCGCCUCAACAUUGGGGACGACAUCACGGUCACUGGACUAGGUAGCGACGUGCCGAACGGGAAGUUCAUCCGCGUCCUCCCCAUCGACGAUACCGUCGACAAGGAAAUGAUGGGUGAAGGGCUGUUUGAAAACUACCUGCAGCCAUACUUCGCCGACGCAUUCCGCCCCGUCCAGCAAGGCGAUCUCUUGCUCGUGUGCUGUCAGGAGGGCGGGCCAGAUGUUGAAUUCGUGGUGGUGGAGACUGAUCCGAAGCCAUACUGCAUCGUUGGCCCCAAGACUGACAUCUUCUACAAUGGAGCACCAGUUUCUCGUCAAGAUGUGCUGUGAGGAGCGGUAGAAAUCUCUAAGCGGAGACUUUCGUUGUAGAUUUCAUUAAACUUAAUAAAGAGGGUCUGAAAGGACGGGCGUUUCGAC